CAAGCUAACGUUAGAAAGAGUGCUAGCUGCGCUUUGCUAAUUCAAAUUCUCGCUAAAAAGAUGAGAAUAAACCAGAUAAAGGAUUAAAGAAGAAGUUUAAACGAGGGUCACUGGACUUGUUUCUCACCGUGUCACGGCUGUGUCACCGUGUCUCAGCGUUCAGGCGGGUUUACAGCUCGUUUGUUAACUUAAGUUGACUUAAAGUGAGGCAGCUAACAAGCUAACCUAGCAUUAGCCGGUUAGUUACCGUUAAGCUGCCAUGUCGGAGCAAAGAGAAGAUACAGAGCAGGAGGUGAAAGAAGGUGAGGAGGAAAAGACGGAAACAAACCUCCAGCCAGGUGGAGUUACUGAAGAACAGCCGACAGAGGACGACAGAGAGCCGGGGAGGGAUGGAGAGGAGGUGCAGACUGACAGGAAGACCUCAGAUAUGCUGGAGGCUGCGGAAGAAGAUGAAACUGAUCUGCAGGAUGACACCGAGCAGCUUAGAGAGCCUCAGCAAACAGGAAAUGUUGGAAAUUCAGUCUCAACAGAUGUACCUCAGCCUGCUGAAGAAGCUGAAUCUCAGGCUGAUCUGCCCGAUGAUGCCGAGCAGCUCAGAGAGCCUCAGAGAAAAGAAGAUGUUGGAAACUCUACGGCAACAGUGAAGGUGGUGCUGGUGCCAGAGGGUCAUGUGAUGACUGUGGCCUUCGCCAUCGGUCUCAGCAUUCAGGAGCUGAAGCUUCACCUCGCCGCGGAGCUCAGAGUUCCUGCUGAGGUGCUGCAGGUCUCUCUGGACGGCAGAGUAGUGGAGGAGCAGCAGAGCCUGAUGGAGCUCGGCGUCCAGCCUCACGGCUCCACCCGGAUGGAGAUGAGCUCCACUGACCCGACCGUCCACCCACUCCGCCCAGUUCGCCCCCCAGAGCAUGACAACAUGCCGGAUGUCAUCACCGUCCGAGUCCAAACAGAUGAGGACGUGUUCCAGGAGGUGGUGGUGGAGAUUGAGCGUCCUCCCCAGCAGAAGGCGUUCCUGGGCGGCUACAGACACCGGCUGACGGGGGCAGAGUAUCACCAUGCUGCCAUCCAGACCCUGCCCAAGAGGAGACCUGACAGAGGAGUGGUGGUGUUCAGCCGUGACACACAGACAGUGGAGCUGAAGUCUCAGGCCCUGCAGUGUCCCGUCAACGUCUCCACCCAGAUGACCGGGAUCGGCUGCUACGUCUCCUGUAUGAACGACAAACUGGUCACCCCCGGCAACUACAUCACUGCUGAUGAGUAUCAUGACAGGAGGUUGAGAGCUACGAUCCGUCUGCAGUCGUUUGCUCGGCGCUGGCUGGCUCAGCAGGAGGUGGCCAGGCUGAGGAGGGAUCGGGACCGGCGGCUAGCUUGGCUGGAGCUGCAGGAGAAGAAGAGGAAGGAGGAGAAAGAGGAGCAGCUGAGAGACCGUCGACACCGCUGGAUGAACCCUCAGAGGAGGGAGGACUUCAACCUGCUGUACCACGCUCUAGAGAAGUGGAGGUGUGAGGAGGAGCAGCAGAUCAGCUCAUCCCUGCGAGGAGCUGAGAGGAAGGCAGCUCUCUGCGCGCUGCUGGAGCAGGAGAUGCAGCUCAUUGCCGCCAUUGGAUGCCAUCGCAUCGCCGUCCAGAACAACAACUAUGACAAAACUGUCAGGAACUUCCUGGACAAGUCUGCUGCUCCUCAUCGGUGGCAAGCUGCAGAUGGUCGACUGAUCGAGAAGGACAGUGAACACACCAUCAGAGCCAGAGAGCUGAGAGAUCUGUACAACGACGUCAGUCUGUUUACUGUCAGCCGCGAGCAGAGACGCCACGUUCUCAUGACACUCAAACACACCGUCAAGGAGCACGAGUGUCAGCUGACGCGGGACAUCGUGGAUUUGAUUGACAGGGAGGUGGACCUGAUGUCUCGGGGGGUAAAGGAAGCCUCUCUGGAGGGGCUGAGGAAGAGGAUCUGCACUCUGUUCCUCCAGUAUAUCAAAACACCAGCAUUUAACCCUGAGGUGGCCAAGCUGCUGAAGGUUCCCCAGAAUCCCUCUCAGCUGAAGAACAACAUGUUCCUAUGCUGGGGCUGUCAUCGCUACCUAAACUCUGCCAACUUCAAGCCGUCCGCCAGCACCCGUCUGAGCGGUCGGUGCCAGGACUGCAUCAGACUGGACAACAUAGCCAGAUCUCGUGAUGACUUCUCCUGCUACAAAAGCAUCCUGAAGAGGCUGAGAGCUGACGAGCAGCAGCUCAACGAGGACGCCAAGAUUCCCUUCCUGCUGCAGGAGGAGGAUGUGCAGUACCUGGUGGAGGUGGUCUGGGCGUCUCGCUCGGCCCUCCACGCCAGCAGCGACCUCUACAACCUGGUGUUUGUCCGUUGGGAGCGUCAGCGGGACUGGAGCCCCUGGAACUGCAUCCUGCUGUCCAAAGAAGAGACUUCAGCUCACCUGGAGGUGGAAGACGUCCACAAGGCGUACGAGGCAACAUUCAUCCGCAGGAUUGAACACAAACACAUGCUGGCUCGGCGCCACUUCAGCCAGAUCGCCGUCAUGGCCGAGUACCUGGACCCUCAGCCGCCUGCUGCCCUGGGCAACCAGCUUGUCUCCAAGCCCAUCACUAUGGCAACAAGCAAGCACACCAUUGACACCCCACCGGCCUCAACUCAUUAAGAAACACCCUGUGGUUUUCUUUCUUCUGUCAUCGUUUCCUCCUUCACUCAUAUUGUCUGUCACUUUAGAAAACACUUUAUCUGAAAUCUAAAAUAAAGUUAAGAGUGGUUUUAC